AUGAUUUUUGAAUUACUCUUUUUCCUAAGUGUUGUCAUUGCAGGUACACCUGCUACUCGAAUGAACUCAAGAUCAAUGAUGCCACUAAGACCAUUUGCAAUGAAUCAACAAGAAUUAGAAAGACAAAUGAUGGAAGAACAUAAUCAAAAUUUACGAAGAUUAACAGAUAAAUAUUUACUUGAUGAGAGUGUUAAAGGAUCAUUAAAGAAUGCAAAUAAGAGAUUAUGGAGAGAUAUGAGAAUAAGUGAAAUGGAAGCUAAAAUGCAAUUUAGAAAACAAAUAGCAGAAAGAGGAAAUCAACCACAAUACAAACAAGCAGCUGAUAAAUGGAAGAGUCUUGAGAUGCAAAGAAAGAUAUGGAUUAAUGCAAGGUCCAAGUAA